AUGCAGACCCCAAGUACUGGAUCUCUGCAUUUGAGUGAAUGGCAGAAGAAUUACUUUGAUAUCACCUCUGGCACUUGUACUCCAAGCCAAAAGGCAGAUGCCUUCCGUGCACAGAUUUUACGCAUUCAGUAUGCAUUGGCAAAUUCUGAGAUCUCCCAGGCUUGUGCUACCAAACUCUUCAGAAAAUAUACAGAUAAAUACUCCGCAAUUAUUGACUCUGACAACGUAGAGACUGGCUUGAAUAACUACGCAGAAAACAUUUUGACUAUGGCAAGGUGCCAGCAAACUGACAGUGGCAAGUGGCAGUCUGGAUUAACAAUAAAUAAUGUUUUCAAAUUAAAUAGUGUGCAAGAGAUGAUGCAGGCUGGCAGAAAGUUCAGAGAUUCUCUGUUGGCGCCAGCAGAUGCAUCAGUUGUAAUCCAUAAGGAGGUCAGUGCCUUUGGUUUUUCUAAACCCAAAUCUAAUUGUACAGAACAGACAUUAGGCAUUCCAAAGAAACCAGCAUCCUUGAUCCACCCUCAAAAUGGUCAGCUGCCUAUCAUGACCAAACCUACAGUUGAUUUUCCUGCUUCCUCAGGGUCUUUAGAUGAACUUUCCAGUGCAAAGUUCCAUGGUACUCCAUUAUUUGGAAAUGUCAAAAUGGCAGGUGAUACAACACAAGCCAAUAUAGUGGGAUCAAACACGUCAUCGAAUCAAUCCUUUUUUCAUUCUGGGUAUGGAAAUCCUGGGAAAAAGAAGACAUUUUAUGAUUCUGGCAAUGAUGGCACUGAAGCCCUUUCCAAUCCCACACUGAGUAAGACUUUUAGUAAUGCAGAAGCCAGUGGCCACAGGGAUGAGAGCAGCCUGUCUAGUUUUAAAACUGCAAAAGAACAACUAUGGAUAGAUCAGCAAAAGAAAAACCACCAACCCCAACGUGCACCAGCCUUUUCAUAUGGUGGAGUAAAAAAAUCUCUGGGAGCUGGCAGAUCUCGGGGCAUAUUUGGGAAGUUUGUUCCUCCCCUAGCCAGACAGGAUGGUAGAGAUGAGAAAGGAGCCAUUCAUUGUAAACCUCAUGGGGCUGUGCCUACAGAACCAGCUCAUCCAGUUGAUGAACGUUUAAAGAAUCUGGAGCCAAAGAUGAUUGAACUUAUUAUGAAUGAGAUCAUGGAUCAUGGCCCCCCAGUAAACUGGGAAGACAUAGCAGGAGUUGAAUUUGCUAAAACCACAAUAAAGGAGAUAGUUGUGUGGCCUAUGUUGAGGCCAGACAUCUUUACUGGAUUACGAGGGCCCCCCAAAGGGAUCCUGCUCUUUGGUCCUCCUGGAACAGGUAAAACCCUAAUCGGCAAGUGCAUUGCAAGUCAGUCUGGGGCAACAUUCUUUAGUAUCAGUGCUUCUUCUUUGACUUCUAAAUGGGUGGGUGAAGGGGAGAAAAUGGUUCGUGCCCUGUUUGCUGUUGCAAGAUGUCAGCAGCCAGCCGUGAUAUUUAUUGAUGAAAUUGACUCCUUGCUGUCACAGCGUGGAGAUGGUGAGCAUGAGUCUUCCAGAAGGAUAAAAACCGAAUUUUUAGUUCAGUUAGAUGGAGCAACCACAUCUUCUGAAGAACGUAUUUUAGUGGUAGGAGCAACUAAUAGGCCACAAGAAAUUGAUGAGGCUGCUCGGAGAAGAUUGGUAAAGAGACUAUAUAUUCCACUCCCAGAAGCUUCAGCAAGAAAGCAAAUAGUAAAAAAUCUGAUGGCCAAAGAGCACUUUUGCCUUAGUGAAGAGGAAAUAUCCCUGAUUGUUAAGCAGUCUGAUGGAUUCUCUGGAGCAGAUAUGACACAGCUUUGCCGAGAAGCUUCUUUAGGUCCUAUCCGAAGUUUACAGACAAUUGACAUUGCCACAGUCACACCAGACCAAGUUCGUCCAAUAGCUUUUGUUGAUUUUGAAAAUGCCUUCCAAACUGUGCGCCCAAGUGUAUCUGUAAAAGAUUUGGAACUGUAUGAAAACUGGAAUAAAACUUUUGGUUGUGGAAAGUAAAUGAAUGAAGUGGAACUUAAGGCAGCUAUGUAAUAUAUAUAUUUUAAAACCUGGGAGCCAAAAAUAGUUAUUUUUAAUAAAUUUGGAAGUUUUGGUAUCUUGAAGAAAGUAGAAUGCCUGCUCCUAAUCUCCCACAUUUUCCACGUUGAAAUAUCCUGUGCUGUUUUUGAUGUAAUUAUAUACUUUAAUUCUCUUCUAAUCAUUAAAUAAUAGUUGAGGUCUACAUGCCCAAAAUGAGAAUUAGAUUUAUCCGGUUUUGAGGUUUUAUUUGUUUUGAAGGGGCAACUAUAAAGGAAAUACGACAUUAAAAUGAUUUUUGAAAAUCCAAA